AUGGUCCGCACCGCCACCGCCCUGUUCGCCGGCGCCGCCCUGUUCGGUGCUCGCGCCGCGUUUGCGCAGACGACGAUCCAGUCGCCGGCGCUAUACCAGUGCACGCCGGCGUCGUUUGAGUACACCUGCGCCGCCGCGCCCUGCUCGGUCGUCGCUCGCCCCUCCGACGACCCGACCGCGCAGAUCGCCGACCUGGGUCAGGCCACCUCGCCGUCCGGCGCGCUGUCGUGGACCGUCUCGGUCGCAGAGGGAACCCGCGUCACCGUCUACAUCACUGACACGAACGGCGCGGUCGGCAACGGCGCGCCGACCACCGUCUCGGGCGGCUCUUCCUCGUGCCUGAGCGGCGGUGGCGCGAGCUCGUCGGCGGCGGCCGACUCGUCGAGCGCCUCGUCGUCGGCGUCCGAGGCCGCUUCGUCGUCGGCUUCCCAGGCCUCGUCGUCGGCGUCGGCCGAGUCGAGCUCUGCGGCGUCGUCCUCCGAGUCGGCUGCGUCGUCGGCGGCGUCGAGCGCGUCGUCGGCGAGCAACGCCGUCUCGUCGGUCGCGUCCAGGGCGUCGUCGGCCAUCAGCAGCAUGACCGCCAGCGCGACCGGUACCACUCCCUCCCAGUCGGCCGCCCCGGACUCGGGCGCCGCCUCGCUCGCGUUCAACGGCGCCCUCGCCGUCGUUGCCGCCCUUGCCGUCGUCCGCCUCGCCUGA